CCACGCGACUUUGAUCUUAUUUUCUUAUAUUCCCGUGUUGCGCCUUCAAGAUGUUCAGCAUGUAGAGGUCAAUAAACAGAAGUCCACACACAACUUCAUACUGAUAAACGGAUAAUAUUUUUAAUGGCGACUGACCUCUGUGGACCAAUGGCCACUUCUGGUCUGAAUGAGCAAAUGGGAGAAUGCCGGUAUAUAUCUGUGCUAACAGAUAUAUACGACAUCAACGAUCCAGAUACCGUGCUCAAGCAUCUCUUAAUUCAAGCUAGCCUAGAGGAAGGGACGCAUUUCUAUCCAAGAUUUGGUACACGGACGGAGAAAAUGGCUGCAUGUGCGCCGAUGAACUGCAAGCUAGGACACAUACCAAUGUCCCUCAUGGCUUGGCGAUAUAUUGGAGAUGGAACAUCACUUAGUAUUCAAGUCGCAGGCCGUGUGGAUCUCGCGCGAAUGCCUCACGGGCAUCCACAAAUAUUUCACCCCACGUCCUCGAAUGUCGUGAAUCGGGUCCUGACAAUUCAAAAAUCUCCAGAGAGCCCACAGAACUUAUGCCAAGUCCAAAAGUCCGAGUCCAAAGCGCCAAAUCGAUCCUCGGAGAUCACAAUUCGGCAGAAUAGGAUGCUCCCUUGGGCUAUCUUUGUUGUCUCUUUCCUCUUGAGUCUCUUUGUUGGAGUUUUCUACACUGUGUCUCCCAGCCACCAACGCAGUAUGGGUGAUGCUUUCACACUUGCUGGCUGGGUUGCGAAUAUUGGUAGUCUGUCGUUGACUGCACUGGCUAUGUCAUCGGCAUUGCACUUGCUCUUUCCAAAUGAAAAGAAGAGGAUAUGUUCUGCCUUGCAGACUUAACUUGUCUCAAUCUUCUAUCGCUUAUAUGUGGUGUCGGAUGUUCGUCCAGGGCCAUAUAAUGUAUCAUAACACCGAACACCUAACACAUGAUCUGAAGCUGAUCGAUCUACUAAAUGGGGGAAUAUACUGCAUUAUACGAGUUAACACGAGUCGGCGUGAGACA